AUGGCAUUCCUCUUCUCAUCCCUCCGCCCCAUCCUCAUCGGCACAGGCAUCGGCCUCUCCCUCCUCGUCCCAUCCUCCCCCUUCCGCUCUGCACCAAUCCAAUGCCAAUACACCGCGCCCUACUACAACCAACACGCCUCCCCAGAAUCAGGAUGGUCCCUCGCCGGCUCUGAACUAGCCGCAAAACAAGGUCGGACUAGUAGCUCGCAGCCCGGUACAGGUCUUUUGAACGCGCGGUGCAUGCGACAGAUUAGUUUGGGGAGUGUACUGGGAUUAGCGACUGGCUUGGGGCUGCGGGUGUUUUCGAAGGCGUUGGUUUUUGUUCUGGGGGUUGGAAUUGUGCUUAUUGAGUGGGCUGCGUCAAAAGGAUACAACAUCAUCCCUGUAAACACACUGCAAAAAUACGUGAAGAGUUUCGAUUUACAGCGCGCUACGAGGGAGAAUGUGCCGUUCAAAGUCAGCUUUGGUACAACAAUGGCGUUUGCUGCUUUUGCUAGCUUCACGGAUUACAGUUGA